GUGUGUCCGCAGAUCAUAUGCCGGAGCGAAAACCCCAUCACCGAUGAGGUGAAGGAGAAGAUAUCCAACUUCUGUCACGUAGACCCGGAGCAAGUGGUCUGCAUUCACGACCGGUCGUCCAUAUAUCGGGUGCCUUUGGCGCUGGAAGAGCAACGCUUGGCCCACUUCUUCGCCGACCGCCUGCAGCUCCAGUUGCCUGACAUACCGGCCCGACAGCUGAUGUGGAAGUGGCGCCAAUUGGCCGAUCGUCACGACCAGAUGACCAAAGAGGUGACCAUCGCGUUGGUCGGCAAAUACACGCGUUUGCAGGACUCGUACGCGUCGGUGAUUAAAGCGCUGCAACACUCGGCGCUCAACAUCCACUAUAAGCUCCACCUGACGGUCAUCGAGGCCGAGUCGCUCGAGCACCAGACCAAGGCUACCGAUCCGGUCAAGUACUACGAGGCCUGGCAAUCGCUCUGCAAAGCCGAGGGUGUGUUAUGUCCGGGCGGUUUCGGCGACCGCGGCGUUGAGGGCAAGAUACUGGCCAUCGAGUGGGCCCGCAUUAACCGCAAGCCAUUCCUGGGCGUAUGCCUGGGUAUGCAGUGCGCUGUCAUUGAGUUCGCGCGCAAUGUGUUGCGAUGGGACGGCGCCAACAGUACCGAAAUGAACGCCGAGUGCGCGCACCGAGUGGUCAUUGAUAUGCCCGAACAUCACGGCGGAGAUAUGGGCGGCACUAUGCGUGUCGGCCGCCGCACAACCAUUUUCUCCGACAAAUACCCGUCGAUAUUGAGGCAACUGUACGGUGACGUCGCGUCGGUGGACGAACGCCAUCGCCAUAGGUAUGAAGUGAACCCGGAGUUUGUGGAGGCGUUCAAUGAGGCGGGACUCAGGUUUGUGGGUCAGGACACCGAUGGCCAGCGCAUGGAAGUGAUGGAGUUGGCCGAACACCCGUACUUUGUGGGCGUUCAGUAUCAUCCCGAGUAUUUGAGUCGACCUCUGAAGCCCAGUCCACCCUAUUUGGGUCUCUUGUUGGCCGCUUGUGGUAAACUCCAGUCCUAUUUGAAUCGCGGCUGCCGUCUGACCCCCAGAGAGCCCGGAAGCGACUUCGAGUCCAGCGAUGAAGAGUUUAGUCUAAUUAAGGAGAAUGUUUACCAUAAAGUGGCCGAGAAUUGA